AUGGCUGACGAUCAGCUGGCAAAGUGCGAGGAAUUAUCGAAAAGAUUCAACGAAUCGUCGGCCAAGGCAUGUCCGCCGAAUUUCGACGGCGUCAACUGCUGGCCCGCAACGGCUGGCGAAACUACGGCCGAAUUGCCGUGUCCCAUAAUCGAGGGGGAAACAAUCAGCAGAUGGUGCUCGGCAAGCAUCAGCGCGAUAACGAGUGACAAUAAUCGGACGAUUUUUGAGUGGUAUCCCGCCAAUAAUGCAGACUGCUCGCUAAUCAAUAUCAUAGAGAACAAUAUGAAGGGCGUACCGCAUCCCACGUUAUCCGAUUUGGAUAUUAAUUUAUACUGGUGGCAUCUGAGACUCUACAUGGUCGUGAGACUAGGCUACGCAGUAUCGACGUUCGCCUUGUCAAUCGCCCUAUCGAUAUUCACGUUGCGCCCCCGCUUGCGGAAUACACGGGUGAAAAUACACACUCACUUCUUCGUCUCGCUGGCUUUGCAAGCUAUAACGUGGCUGACUCAGGGAAUGAUCUACGGUCACAGGAUCUUCUAUUCGAUCAUAACGGGAGACGUUCACUCCGGUGUCAAUCCCUCGAUCCUUUGCAGAGCGCUGAUGACCUUAGGGAACUACUUCGAGCUCUGUAGCUUCUCUUGGAUUCUCAUGGAAAGCUGGUACUUCUACAGUUUCAUCUGUCUAGCGCCGUACAAAGAGUGCACGACGGUAAAGCCACUAAUAAUCUGCGGCUGGGGUCUACCGGUGAUUGUGAUGAUUCCAUAUUUGAUCACUUAUUCACUAGCGUCGGAGACAAACUUUUGCUGGGUUGACGUUGACGCCAAGUCCAACAUUGUAGCAGUUCCGAUACUUCUGAUGGUUUUGAUAAAUUGUUCAUUUUUCGUACUGAACGUCAAAGUUCUAUUCAUCAAGCUCAACUGCAGCGUGUUACAUCAGAGGCAGAAACAUUUUUGGAAAUGGUUCAGGUCUACCUUGAUGCUGGUACCGCUUUUCGGAGCCCACGACAUAUUUUUCUGCAUGGAACCGUGGAUUGAGGACAAAACGAUCAAAACUCAGUUUUACAACGCUGUAAGAGUCGUCUGCGCGUUUCAAGGUCUACUCGUUUCAAUUUUAUAUUGCUUCAUCAAUAACGAGGUUAGAAGCGAGCUCAGAAGAGUUUACGGGAAUUGGGCAACCAAAAGAGAAAUCGACUGCAAUUUCGAGAAGCAAAAAAUGAAAACGAAGGACUCGAAUAAUCCUAUGAAGUCACAGAAUCAAAGCAGGAAUAAUAGUUUAUCGGGAUCUACAGAACUAUCGUUGAAUACGUCCGUAUAG